AUGGCAACACGGAAAAAUCAAAGCGGUAAAGAGUCGAUCUCAUCACGGGUUUAUUGUGAUGAUGAUGAUGAUAGUGAUACUAGUGAUACUGAAGAUACUAGUAAGCGUAAGGUUCGUGCGCGUUAUCUGACCAUGAGUCGUCGGAAGAAAAAAGAGGAAAAAGAGUUAAAGAAGCGAAUGAAAAUGACUCAGGUCAAUAUGGGUGGUGUACCGUUUCAGACUCGGUCUAGUCAGCCGAUUUAUGUACCCGAGUAUUCUCAGGACGACCUGGAAGAGGAGGAUGAGGAUGAAGAGGAUGAGGAGAAUGAGUUUGAUGAGGAUGAUGUGCAGGACAGUGUUAGGAUGGGUGCGCAUCACAGAGAUACGCCUAUGUACAAUCUUAGUAGUUACCCUCCUCCCCGGUACUCCAGUUGUCCACGGCCUGGUCCUGGCGGUUUACCCUCUCCCCCUACCCCUAUCCCUUCUCCUAUGAGUGGUGAGUGGCGCACUCCACAUUAUAGUCCCUCUUUCCCACGUCCCGGUCAAUUCCCACAGGGUAUAUCCACCGGUAGUCGGCCUCGUCCCUCCCGCUCCACUCAGGCAUCUCCCCCACAUUGA